ACCAGCAGGUGAACAUAGGAAGAAAGGCAGAAGAACCAGCAUGCAGCAGAGUCUCAGAGAGCAGCUCAGGAACCUCCAACUCCUAAGGACGCUCCCUCUCUCAUCCACCACCAUGAAUGUCUCCACAGUGCUCCUGUACCUGCUGCUUAUGGUCUUCAGCCCCCAGGUGCUUGCUGAGCCAGCCUCUGUCCCCACCACCUGCUGCUUCACUGUGGCCAGUAAGAGGCUCCUUCCACAGCAGCUGGAGAGUUACAGAAGAACCACCAGCAGCAAAUGUUCCCAGAAAGCCAUAAUCUUCAAGACCAAACGAGGCAAGCUGGUCUGUGCUGACCCCAAGCAGAAAUGGGUCCAGGCCUCCAUGAAGAUCUUAGACCAAAAACUCCAACUCCGCAGCCAAAAAUAACCACUUUCCUUUGAGACUGACCCGGAACAUGAGAAAGGCUUGAUUCAUUUCCCUGUCCUGAUUUAUGCUGAGAUAAUCUCAUCAUUCCCAAAGGAAUCAAAUUGGGGUGGUAAUUUUUCAAAGCAUGUUACGCUUCAUUCCUUGGAGUGUUUGAACUUAUCUUCCAUGAAUAUCAGCCAACUUCAACCAGAGAGUGUUGAGCAUACCACUUGCUCUCUGGAAGUUUCAAUUCAAUCCCUGCCAGAUGUGAGCAAUGAGCCUACCCCCACUUCCUGCUCUUCUGCAGGGGUCCUGGGGGUCCUGGAAAAAUAUAAAAAUGUUUUCUGGUUUUAGGCUCGCACUGCUCUUUUAA